AUGGAGCUUAUAAACACAAAUGAAUUAGAGGAAUCCACUAAUUUAACUCGUGUUAAAAAAGCUGAAGUGAAAGCUUUUGAUGAUUCAAAAACAGGUGUCAAAGGUUUGGUCGAGUCUGGAGUGUCAAAGAUUCCACGCAUUUUUCAUACUGGGAAGUUGGAUUUCGGUGAAAACUCAUGUUUUGACUCCAAGUUGAGUGUUCCCAUCAUAGACCUUAAAGACAUAGACAACAAUCCAGCUCGACGGGUAGAGGCAAUUGCCCAAAUUCGAAGUGCGUGCCACAAAUGGGGAUUUUUCCAGGUGAUUAAUCAUGAAAUUCCCAUUACUAUCUUAGAUGAAAUGAUUGAUGGAAUCCGUAGGUUUCAUGAACAAGAUGCUGCUGUAAGAAAAGAGUUUUACACACGUGAUAGAAAGAAAAAAGUUACCUAUUUCUCCAAUGGAACCUUGUUUAGUGGGCAACCUGCUAAUUGGAGAGAUACAUUUGGUUUUGCCGUUGCUCCUCUUCCUUUUGAACCCGAAGAAAUACCACAAAUAUGCAGAGAUAUUGUGAUUGAAUACUCCCAGAAAAUAAGGGAUUUGGGCUUCACGAUCUUUGAAUUAUUGUCGGAGGCGCUAGGACUUAAACCUUCUUACCUCAAAGAUUUGAAUUGUGCUGAAGGGCUCUUUAUUUUAGGUCAUUACUAUCCACCAUGCCCUGAACCUGAACUAACUAUGGGCACUUCUAAACAUACUGAUAGUGACUUCAUCACAUUACUUUUACAAGACCAACUUGGUGGUCUUCAAGUUCUUCAUGAUGAUAAAUGGGUCAAUAUUCUCCCAAUACAUGGAGCUCUUGUUGUAAAUAUAGGAGAUCUUCUACAAUUGAUCACAAAUGAAAAGUUUAUAAGUGUUUAUCACCGAGUCUUGUCACAGAACAUAGGACCAAGAAUUUCUCUUGCAGCCUUUUUUGUGAAUUCUCCAGACCCAAUUCAAGGUGCAUCAAAGAUUUAUGGUCCUAUUAAGGAAUUGCUUUCAGAAGAAAAUCCACCAAUCUACAAAAACAUUACUAUAAAAGAUUUCUUGACACAUUAUUAUGGAAAAGGGCUUGAUGGAACUUCUUCCUUGGAGCCCUUCAAGUUAUGA